AGAUGUCUCCAUCACUCAAAACCAACCUUAAUUACUAAUUAUAAUCCUUUUGCACCGCAAGUUUAAGAACUUUUAACGAUUGGAAUCGAACAAAUUAAGAUGUCAGUUUUACAUGAUCACGCCCUAACAAUCGUCUUCCUUUCAUUUAUCGGCCUACUCAAACUGGUUUUUUGUUCCAAUUCCAUUCACUACAUCCACCACUACUGCUCCUUAGAAGUUAACAAAACCCAAAACGCCGCUUUCCAAGACAACGUCGACCGCCUCCUCUCCGACCUCUCCUCCAAAUCCUAUGGCAACAGAUUCUACAACUCCACAUCCGGAGACAACGACAAAAAAGUUUACGGCUUAUUCCUUUGUCGAGGUGACGUCUCCCCCGGAGUCUGCCGUGACUGCAUCGACUCCUCCACCAAAAACCUCAAACAAAACUGCACCCACAACAAAGAGUCAAUCGUUUGGUACGAGGAAUGCAUGCUGAGAUAUUCAAACCAUUCCAUCUUCGCCACAGAGGAGGAGAUGCCGUGGCGGUAUUGGUGCAGCGUGAACAAAGUUUCCAACUCGGACCAGUUUAAUCAGAGUUUGUCCAUCUUGAUGAAUGGGCUUGUGGACAAGGCCGCGUUUGACAAAACCACUCCACCAUUUUUUGCGACGGGGGAAGACAAGAAAGGCGGUGGCGGCAUUUUGAUAUAUUGUUUGAUGCAAUGCACGCCGGACAUAAAUGGGAGUGAGUGUCAAAGGUGUUUGAAGGCGGCUUUCAGCGGUUAUCAGGAGACUUGUGAGGGGAGGACAUGGUCUAUGAUAUUUUCGCCUACCUGUCAGGUGAGGUAUGGGUCUGAUUCAUUCUAUGGGGAAGGAAAGCCAAUCAAAAGUGGCGGUGGAAGAGGGAAGAACAAUUCAUAUGUGGCUGUUGCAGCGGUAUUGUGCAUGGUUCUGUCUGGCUUAUUGGCUAAUCUACGUGCAUGGUAGAAAUCCUAAAGAAACAUCCCCGAGGGGUAAGUCGUAAAUUCAAUAAUUAAUGCGAACAUGAGAAAUGAUAAUGAGCCAUUUUCCUAAAACAACAGAAGAUCUCAUCAUCUGAACAUAUGAAUUAAGAAUAGAUUAGAUUAUUAUGGGUACCUACAAGAAGAAGCAUUUAGUUAUAGAUCUAGAUGUAAUGCAACCAAAUUGAAAUUGUCCUCACGGAGUUGGUGAGUUACUCUCCCUUUUCCCAUCCAGUCUCCACACCUGCAUCUCCCAACAAAAUAUAUGUGAGUACGUAGAAGUUGUGUACGUAACCUUCCAGGCAAUAGACAAUUGAAUCUGAGAAUCAUGCAAGUGGAUUGGACGAAUUCACACCAUUAAGUCAAAUACUUUAGUUUGGUUUUAGUUUAGAAACAGAGCAGCUUUCUGAUUUAUAUUAAUAUAUAUAUCUCGUAAAUUAUAUAAAACA